AUGUCAUAUGAUCACAAUCUCUUGGUUGAACUCCCCUACUACCCCUAUGAACUGGACCCCUUUAUCAAUAGGGAGGUCAAUGAACUACUCUCGAAGGGCCACAUGACUUUCCAAGAGCCAAUUGACGGCUUCAUCGGGUUCCAUCACUUGAAGUUGUGUACUGCCAAUGCUAAACAAUUGGCGAGUUUCUUUGUGAACAUUAUGGACUUUGAAGAAAUCGCUUAUAAGGGCUUGGAAUCUGGCUCAAAGCUACUAGCAAGCCAUGUGGUUAGAAACGGUAACGUUACCUUUGAAUUGGUCAAUACGUUGAUCUCAAUGGACCAAGAUCAAGAGCUAUGUUUCCCGCUAAGUGGUGAAGACUUUGCCGCGUUACUGAAACGUAAUGGGAAAUUCGCAGCCAUUAAAGACCACCUUCGACAUUUGACAAAGGCUCAUGUGGAAGAUAUCGUGACCUCAACGCUGUUUGAACUUCAAGGUAGCUCUUUGAAUCCUCGUUUGAAGGAGACUUUGACUACCACCAUCAAAGAAUCAGAAAGUUAUCAGAACACUAUGGCAGGUUUUGAUAGCAUUAUCGAUAAUUUGGACGGAAAUAUCCAAGCCACUGUUCUUGAGUUAAUGCAAGUGUCUUUGAUCCAGAAAUUCCUAAAGUAUCAUAAUGAUGGCGUCUACGACAUAGCUCUUAACGUAGUAAACGUUGAAGAUGCCUUCCAAAAGGCUAUCAAAGGUGGUGCCCUUGUACUAGCUCCUCCUACGACGACACAAGGUAACUUUGGUUGGAUCAAAAGUUGUACCGUGGCCCUUCCCGGUGUGGAUAUCUGUCAUACAUUGAUUGAAUGUACUAAUUACCACGGAAGAUAUCUUCCAGGCUACAUUCCAUCUAUAAGCGAGAUUUCAGAAGCUUAUUUGAACACCUUAACUCAACAACCUCCGGUGCGGUUAUUGGAAAUCGACCAUUGUGUGGAGAACUAUGGAUGGAACGAAAUGAUGAAAAGAGCUACGUUGUACGCCAAUAUGUUUGGGUUACAUAGGUUUUGGUCUGUUGACGAAGCCGACGUUUCUACUACUUUAACUUCGCUUAGAUCCAUUGUUAUGGCAUCUGCUAAUGGGAAAGUGAAGAUCCCAAUCAACGAACCUGCAGAAGGUUUGGCUAGGUCCCAGAUAGAAGAGUUUAACGACUAUAACAACGGACCCGGAGUUCAACAUAUAGCCUUGAGAACCCUCAAUAUCAUCUCUGCUGUGGCAGCACUUAAGGCUCGUGGAGUCGAGUUCAAUGGAAUUUCCCCUACCUACUACGAAAACUUGAGGAAAAGAAUGGAACUUGAUGAUGUUGUAUUGAAGGAAGAUAUAAACGAAUUAGCAAAAUUGAAUAUUCUUGUUGAUUACGACGCUUCAACCAGAACCAAAAAGAAGUUGUGCAACUAUAUCUUACAAAUCUUUACUAAACCCUUACAUGAUCGCCCUACGCUAUUCUUAGAAAUUAUCCAACGUCGUCAUCACAAUGGUUUUGGUAAGGGUACCUUUAAAGGUCUCUUUGAAACCAUUGAAAUGCAACAGCGGAGAAGAGGUACCUUGUUUAAGCCUGAACUUAAAUAUUGA